UUGGUGGCUAACGAAUCCACCUCGCCAGAUUCACGCAGUCGAAUCUGCCGCGAACACGAUAGUAGCGACGAUCAGGACGUCACAUAACACUAUUCUUCGUGUGUUUCACACGACUGCACACAAUUUAUUACAUGUAUUGCUAACAUCAUCGUCUCUCUUUUCCCCUUAAUGUAUCUGAGAAAGAUACAUUAAAUCAAACAUACAGUGAUCUAUGAAACAGACUACUAUUUGGGUUGUCUAUUUGUAUCAUGGAAGACAAUAUGGCGGCAAACCUCGAGGAGGAGCAAAGUUUGCGCGAGUGUGAAGAGUACGUACAGAGGCACAAUAUUCAGCAAGUUUUAAAGGAUUGUAUUGUGCAGCUUUGCGUUAGUCGUCCUGAGAAUCCAAUAUCUUUUUUACGUGAAUACUUUCAGAAGCUUGAAAGGGAACAAGCACACGAUGCUAAGCAACAGAACGCAACGAGUCCCGAGGACACAGAAGAUAUUCCUGCGGGUCAGCAAGGACCACAAAUACCCAGACGUCGUGGAGGAAUAUCCGCAGAGCCCGUAUCAGAAGAGGAUGCAACAAGUUAUGUCAAGAAAGUUGUACCCAAGAAUUACAAGACUAUGGCUGCGUUGAGCAAGGCAAUUGUGAAGAAUGUUUUAUUUGCUCACCUCGAUGAAACUGAACGAUGCGACAUUUUUGAUGCUAUGUUUCCUGUCACGUUCCUGCCUGGAGAACAGAUUAUUCGACAAGGUGACGAAGGCGAUAAUUUUUAUGUUAUCGAUCAAGGAGAAGUUGAAAUAUUCGUUAACAGUGAAUUAGUAACAACGAUUGGAGAAGGUGGAAGUUUCGGCGAACUUGCGUUGAUCUAUGGAACUCCACGUGCCGCUACUGUCAGGGCAAAGACUGCUGUUAAAUUAUGGGGUAUAGAUAGAGAUUCCUACCGUAGAAUUCUCAUGGGAUCAACAAUUAGGAAACGCAAAAUGUACGAAGAGUUCCUGUCCAGAGUAUCCAUCUUAG